CUGCCAAUCGGUGGUGCUGCUAAGCGCGAAUCGAUGUUAUCGGCCCUGAGAGGGCAACGACAGAAAGUCGAUAGGUUUGACCAAGGAUGCGAGUACGGCGGGAGCACAGCUUUUUUCAAGCCACUAUUUUAGGGUGACACAGCCAUCUCCUCAGAGGGAAUUAGUAUUGAACUACAUUGGAAAUCUUUUUAAAAUUUGCCGAAAGAGAAUUCUUUUUCAUCCCCGAUUUGGAUAAAGUAUCUAUUAAAUCACCUCCCCGAUUUCGUUAUAAGUCCUCCAUAUUCAAGUUUUUUUGAGGUCUUCAUAAAAAUAAUUAAGCUUUCCUGAAAAAUACUGGCAAUACUGGUUUUUCUUAAAACAUUUUAAAAUCAAUAACUGUUUUCGACAUAACUGAAAGAUUGACUUUUGAAAACUAUAGAGUUUUCGAAAACAACGUAAUAGAAUAAAUCUGAAAUGAAAGUCAGCGAAUAUUUGUCAUGAAUAUUGUGAUAAAAUUGUAACGAUUUGGUAAUGUUGACUUUUCAUACUGAAUAAAUGGUGAAUAAGCACUUGUUAUGCGUUUUUUGGAAGUAAAUAACUUUAUCAAAAACGUUAAAAUUUACAUAUGCUGUGUCAGAACUUUCGUACAUCUCGUGAAAUGCAGACGUCUUUCGCUUGGAUUUCUUUCUUCACUUUGUUCCUAAGCCAACUGGAUGCUUCCCAGUUCUUAGAGAAACCUUGUGGAACACCUAAUGUGGUAUAUAAAAUAGUUAAUGGUGCUGAUGCUAGACGUCAAGAAGCUGCAUGGAUGGCUGCAAUCGACAAUGGCACAGCUCUUCUUUGUGGUGGCACCCUGAUUCAUAGACGCUUUGUUUUAACUGCUGCACAUUGCAUAGUUGGCCAAAAACAACUACAGGUGAAGUUGGGAGCAUACAACCAGAAUUACCCUACCGUCGUAUCCAAAGUCAUUAAAGGAAUACCUCACGAAUUAUUCAAAGGAUUUCCAACUUAUGAAAAUGAUAUAGGAUUGCUUAAACUUUCGAGCAGCGUCGUCUACAACCCCAAUAUAAUCCCAAUCUGCAUUAUUUUAAAUAAGAAUUUUAAAACACAUGUAGAUAAAACAAAGGCAUUCAAAGCCUAUGGUUGGGGACAAAAAGCAAACGGCAAGCAGAGCGAUAUACUUCAAACUGUCAUCCUCAACCGGGAAGAUCCAUCCAAUUGCUAUAUGUCAUUUGCAAUGACUCCCACUUCAAAUCAGAUAUGUGGUAGGGUUUUUUUCGGAGACACCUGUGCAGGCGAUUCUGGUGGUCCAUUAGUCAAUAAUGUCACUAUUAAGGGAAUCGGCGUUCGCGCAAUCCAGCUAGGAAUCGUAAGCUAUGGGGAUGAUGGGUGCAAUGGGCUUAGUGUAUAUACCGAUGUGACAAGCUAUGUGGAUUGGAUUGAUGCUACUAUAAAAAAAAAUUACUUUGCGGAUGAGUCACAAGCCCAAAUAGGUCUACAGACUCCCAAGGUUCUUGAUAAGUGGCUUUACAGUGACUGCGGUGGUGAUACCAUUGCUUCAAAUUUACUGGCAAACAUUUAUGGACUUGGUUUCAUAGCCCAGGGCGUGCUGAUCACAGACCAAUUUGUCAUAACAAAUGCCAAAGGCUUAGGAAUUCCAGUUUCCCUAGAAGUGAGUGUGAUCGGAAUGCAAAAAAGAUAUAAAUCAUACAGAGUUGUAAAAAUCUUCACGCAAGCACAGGCAAACAAUGAUAUUGCUUUGCUCAAACUAAAUCGACCGGUGACGGGGACAGAUGGAAUGAAACCGAUCUGUAUGCUUGCGAACUUAAAGGACCAACAGGAAGCCGAAUCUAGCAACUUCUUUACAGUAUUUGACUAUGUUAACACCUAUACAGGCCUUAACAUUUUUGAUUUUAACGUUUUUCCUAUACACCCCUAUUAUUGCUCAUAUAGUGUCCAAAGAAUAAUCGAAACAAAUCAACUUUGUGUGAGAACUCCUCAGGGUAUCAGUCAGAAUUACGGAAAACCUGGCGACAUAUUGGGAAAAAAGAUAUCGUAUAAGGGAAAGGAAAGGUUCGUUUUGUAUGGAAUUCUCAGUUAUAGCUAUAAUGGUGUGCACAUUUAUACAAAUGUUAUGGCUCAAACCAAAUGGAUAGCGAAAACGGUUAAGUUAAAUCAAUAAUAAUUUUCUACCAGGGGUGCUACAGAAAUCACUUCAGCGCCAAGUCUUGUAAAAUGUAUAUUGAUGCACAUAAGAAACUUUCGCUAAAUGUGUUAUAUUAUAGUAGCUAUUUAUUAAGAAUAAAUAAGUAAAUAACUUUGUGUAAAAUAAAUAUUAUAACUUUCAGAGGUUAUUAUGAAGGAG